AUGCAAAACAACGAUGAGGAGGCUCUCAGCUCCGUCUACAAAAAGAUCCAGCGCGAGCGUGCUCUCCUCAAUGCCGCAAAUCAAAUGAGGCAGCAAACUCAAAAUGAGCAAGUCAGAGCUAGGCUAGAUAUUCAAAUGCGCGAUGGUCGUCGAAACAUUUCAUACCUGGAGGAGCGCAUGAAGGAAUUACAAGUACGGACGGAAGGUCGAACAGGUAGCGCGGGGAGUAGUGGCGGUACUGGUCGCCCGCCCAGUAGCGGUCUACGCGAUGAUAGAGGUAAUCCGCCGCCAACCCCGCCGCCCAAAGAUGCCAGAGGUAAUCCUAUUGAGACUGGGGAUCAGGCUGGCUAUGGCACUCAGGAAUAUAGUGUGAUUGGUGGACAUGGUGAUAUGAUGCCUCCGAGAAAUCCAUUCGCGCCUCCUGCACCUGGUUCUGGCAUGCCUAGAUCACGUCCUAAUUAUACCAAGCUUGAUCUCAUCAAAUAUGAUACCCCUUAUCUCGGGCCCCGCAUCCAGCUCAUGCUUUCACAAUUGGAAUUUAAGCUUAAUGUUGAGAAACAAUAUUUGUUGGGUAUUGGGAAGAUGGUUCAAUUAUAUGAAAUGGAGCGCGAUCGGAAGAGUAAAGCUGAUGCUGCUGCUCGUCGAGUCGAGAGUAAUCAAAAGAUUCAAAUCCUCAGACAGGCUUUGAAGGGUUAUGAAGAUUUACAUAUAGACAUGGAGAGCUCAGCAGAUGCUCCAGAUGAUGAUAGUAUCAAUACUCCCAAUAUGCGAAAACCUUUAACGGGACAACUUGUUCUUCGCAUUCAAGCAGUUAAGGAUGUUGAUCAUGCAACAACUAGUAGAUUUACAAGAGGUCCGGAAACAUCGAUUGCCGUCAAGGUGGAAGAUAAUGUUGUUGCAAGAACGAGAUAUACCCGGACGGAUAAAUGGGAGAAUGAAAUUCACAACAUAUAUGUGGACAAAGCGAACGAGAUCGAACUUACGGUUUACGACAAGGCGGGUGAUCAAGCAUUGCCUAUUGGUCUAUUAUGGAUAAGAAUAUCCGAUAUCGUUGAAGAAAUGAGACGGAAGAGAAUCGAGGCCGAAAUCAACAACUCAGGAUGGGUUUCUGCAGACCGCAUGGCCAGUGGUAGUGCCCCACCAGCACAAUUUCCAAUGACCUCUGGCAGCACAGGUCAAUUCGGACCACCACCAGGGAGCCCGGGUACUGGAGCACAACCAGCUGAAGGAAACGCGUUUGGCGGUGGUGGGAAUGCAGUGGUAGCACCACAGCCGAUCGAUGCAUGGUUUGCUCUUGAGCCUAGUGGCGCCGUGAAUUUGAACAUUUCAUUUACCAAGCAGUCUAAAGAUCGAAGACCAUUUGACCUUGCCCUUGGUCGUAAAGGUGCCAUCCGUCAAAGAAAGGAAGAGGUCCAUGAGAUGUACGGACACAAGUUCAUUUCACAGCAAUUCUACAACAUCAUGCGAUGCGCACUGUGCGGCGACUUUCUCACAUAUACUGCUGGUAUGCAGUGCGAGGACUGCAAAUAUACUUGUCAUACAAAGUGUUUCUCACAAGUUGUUACCAAAUGUAUCAGCAAAUCUAAUGCGGAAACUGAUCCCGACGAGGAGAAGAUCAAUCAUCGUAUUCCGCAUCGUUUCGAGAAGUUCAACAAUAUGAGCGCCAAUUGGUGUUGUCAUUGUGGAUAUGUUCUACCAUUCGGUAAGAAAAAUUGUCGUAAAUGCACAGAAUGUAACCUUACAUGUCAUGCACACUGUGUACAUCUCGUUCCGGAUUUCUGUGGUAUGAGUGCGCAAGUCGCGAGGGCUAUUCUUGACGGUAUUAAAACUCAAAAGCGCCGACAACCAAUACCUGCCCCUAUGACUGGGAAAACUUUAAGAGAGAAAAGACCAGAAGCAGGAGGCAUACCGGCUGAUCAACGGAACUCCUACGGAUCACCUGACACUUCACGGCCCCCUAGAGCACCUAGCUCUACUGAAGCUACCGAAGCCGCCAAGGCAAUGUAUGUACAUGGUACUACUUCACCACAACAACAACGACCAGAGGGACCUGAUCGAACAUCUACGCAAUCAAGUGCUGCAGCUGCCGCCGCAGCUGCGAUGGGCGGUCGGCAACAAAUACCCCAAGGAAACCAAUAUCAACGAACUUCUGCCGAUUACCCUCCACAAACUGGAGCUCGACGAGGCUCGGGUGUGCAAGGCCUUGAUACACACACCGAAGAUAGUACUCCAAAACCACAAAUGCCCACACAACCAAGUUAUAAUCCUGCUUCAUAUGCAAACGUCAAUAGUGGUUAUGGUCAGCCGGUUCCACAACUUCAACCUUCACCUUCGAUGCUCCCGCCUCCUCCACCAUCCGCAACAAUGUUUGCACCCCCUUCACAAGCUCCGCCUCCGGAGAUUCCAUUACCUUCACAAGUAGGUUCACAGCAAGUUGUACCUCAUCAACAACGCAAGCCAGCUCCUGCGGCAAACGAACCAGGUACCGGACGUCGCAUUGGUCUGGAUCAUUUCAACUUUCUUGCAGUUCUUGGUAAAGGUAAUUUUGGUAAGGUCAUGCUUGCUGAGACCAAGCAAACUAAGCAACUUUAUGCUAUCAAGGUUUUGAAGAAGGAGUUCAUCAUUGAGAACGACGAAGUAGAAAGUACUAGAUCUGAGAAGAGAGUAUUCUUGAUCGCCAAUAAGGAACGUCAUCCUUUCUUGUUGAGCCUUCAUGCUUGCUUUCAAACAGAAACGAGAGUAUACUUCGUUAUGGAGUAUAUUAGUGGUGGUGAUCUUAUGUUGCAUAUUCAACGAGGACAGUUUGGAACUAAGCGUGCCCAGUUUUAUGCUGCUGAGGUGUGCUUGGCGUUGAAAUAUUUCCACGAGAAUGGUGUCAUUUAUCGUGAUUUGAAGUUGGACAACAUUCUAUUGACUCUUGAUGGCCAUAUCAAGAUUGCCGAUUAUGGUCUAUGUAAGGAAGAUAUGUGGUAUGGUUCGACAACAGGCACUUUCUGUGGUACUCCGGAAUUCAUGGCUCCAGAGCUAAUUUUGAACUAG